AUGAUCGAUGAUAUAGAUUUCGACAUGAUCGCUAGCGACAUCAAUGAACAAACGAACGUCAUAAGUGAUCUCCAGCUGUUGUUAACCAUCGAGCAGUGGGUGUCAAAAUUGACCACGGGACACCGUGGUCCCAAUGAGUUUAACUACUUAAAGAUGUUGCAGCUCAUGAUUGAGAACCGGAGAAUCGGGCCACCAUUCGUCAGGACCCCACCUCAAGGUCAUUUGUUACCAUUAAGCAGGUACCUUAGCCGUAGCAGUACAUUAGCAUGCAACAGGAUAACGCCGUCAGUCCGGCCGAACAGAUGUGGUGACAGUAUGGACGAUCACUGGCGGUUGACUAUGGCCAGUAGAGCGGUACAGACGGUAGACGAUGAAGAGGAAUACUAUGGAGACGAAGCAGAAUCACUGCUGCAGAACGCCGAUGACGGAAUCGAUACCGAAAACAACAGUAACGUAAAGAACAGUGACAACGUGAAUAGUGAAAAUACUUUAGAGACUGACGUCAAAACCGAAGUGACCGACAUAACCGAAAUAGCCGAUGACAAAACCAACGUUUUAGAAGAGAGUAGCGUAGCGGAUGUUACGGUGGCUGCACAGAACGACCGAGAUGGUCACUUAGCGGGUGGAGGAGAGUGUGAAGCGUAUUCGGGAGGCGUCCGCAAAGGCAGUGAACACCAGAGAAACGUUCAAGCCAACCCGUUAGCUAAGCUAUGCGAUCCUUGCUUGGAUAACAUGGGAUGGCACUUGAGAAAACCGAUUUCGGGUCGUAUGGGACGCGAUUACACCGGCCUGUUAGACGAUGAUUGCGUGUACCCGACACUUUCAGAGUCCGAAAGAAAGACGGUCGGUCCUGAGUUGUUGCACGUAUUGCAGAAUGUUAAUGAUUCUACUACAUUACAAGACUUUUACUCUCAGGUAUGUACCUAGGUUUACAUGUUUGCUAACGGUUAGGUUAAACUUGUAAAAGCAAUAUAUUCUUCGCUUUCUUUCAGAAUUUUCAAAAUAAAAAUUCCUUAAAAAAAAAAUAUUAUUAAUAGACCGUUAACAUCAUCGUAUAUAUACGGUACAGGUGUCUCUUUACACGUGUGACCACGCAACAUUGUUGAUCAGGUUAUCGGACGGUAUGUUGCAAGAAUUCCAAGAGUUCACGUCAAACGUGUUUGAAACCAGGGCGGAGAAUAUAAGCGACGGUCUAGCCAUCGAACAAAUGUCAUUGUGUGGCAAGUACUCGUAUCUAGGACAUCGUAUGUUCAACCGAGCAACGGUGGCAUUAAACUAUUUGCGCGAGGUAUUGCCAAUGUUUAGCUGGGCCAAGUACCAAGCGGAUCCGGGCCCAUACCUGACGCAAACGAUAUCCACAGUAGUGGACACUUCUGAGAAUAGUGGUGACAGAAACCUGUCGGCUUCCGGUGACGAAACCACGAAAGUUGACGACAGUGGUGGGCCUGGCGUCAAGAAGCUGCUGUACUCGCUCAAUUUGCUUCGAGCCGAAGUGUCCCGGAUAGACAGUGAGGGUCAGCGGCUGUUAGAUCAGCGCAGUGCAUUAACCGUUAAAUUGUCUGAUGAAAAUGGCCGUCUAUCCGCGGCCCAGUGCCAGUCUGCGGGCCAAGUUGACAGGCUCAAGAAUGAGCUCACGUUGCUCCGGCAACAGUCGGCCGAUCAGACGGCGUCUAUAGACCAGCUUAUGGAAGCUGUCCAGUUAUCGAUUCAGCGAAAUGUAAUGCAAAACUGUUAA